AUGUCCAACUCGGAAUCAACGUCAUCCUCGGCUUCCAUUAACAUUAGAAUGGUAACCGAGCCGCUAAAAGUCUAUCCAAUGGAAGGAGAAGCAACGGAUGAUACUGGCAGCUCAACAGUAACUUGCGAUCAAUCCUAUGAAUGUGAAUUUGAAUGUGAAUCUUCUAUCGAAUGCAGUCCACCCGAGGCAUCACUCACGGAAACAACAUCACCAUUCCUUGCUGAUUGCGCUCCAUCCGACUCAGACAAUGCUCUCAAUCAUGCUCCCCUCGCAGCAGAUAUUGUGCGAACCAUGUGCUGCCAAGAAGCCAAGGUCUAUCACCACCCAACAUCCUAUUAUGUGGAGCUUGAACAAGCGAAAGCUACGGCGAAACAAGAUUCUGAUGGGAAUGACAAACCCAUCAGGAAAAGUCGCCGCAAACACUUGGAAAAAAUGGAUUCUUGGCGCUCCUCGCUGAUCCAGUGGAUGUACCAAGUGGUCGACUUUUCACAUGUCAAUCGGCAGACAGUGGGAGUCGCCAUCUACUUUUUAGAUGUGGCCAUCAGUGAGAUCAUUGUCCGAGCCAUGAACCGGAACCAAAAGGCGAACCCUCGAUCCAACUGUCUCGACGACUACAAGGUGUCCUUUCAGUUGGCGGCUGCCACGGCCUUGCAAUUGGCCAUCAAGACCCAUGAUUGCAAACUCAUCAAGCUGAGUGAUUUGAUCAAACUCGGACGCAAUGUCUUUACCGAGAGAGAUAUCAUUGCCAUGGAAGUCCAAAUCAUUCAAGCCUGUUCUUGGUACUUGCAUCCUCCUUCUGUCGAUUGUUAUCUUUAUCAGUACCAAUCGCUUUUGCUUGAGAUUCUACAACAAGACAAUGCCAAUGAAGAAGACGAGGCUCAACUGGAAGACACCAAGACUAUGCUUUGCAAGUUGAUCCAAAUCAUUACCGAAAUUGUCUCUCCACAACCACAAUACAAGAACUAUCCACCAUCGAUUGUUUCCUAUGCCAUUAUUCUUGUGGCCAUGGCCUUUUGCGAUCCGAAUGCCAUUUCACCCUCUCAACGACAGCGCCUUUCGCGACAGCUGUCUUUAGCAUUGUGCUUGGAAACACAACAUGAUGAUGAUGAUAAUCUGCACGCCCACCAACAGCAGCAACAACAACAGCAAGACUUGUUGCUUCAAGUGAUCAGACAAGUCCAUGCUUCUUGUCUGCAAGCUCCUCAGCUCGAUUGUGUUGCACUGUUGCAAGACAUGGCAAUAGUCGGAAGUAGCAGUAGUGACGACGACGAUGAUGACAACCAAACUGUCUUGUCCUGCGUCGCAAUGGACAAUGAGCAGGAUCAUGAACACCAUUCCGGCGCCCACACCACCACCACCACCACUGCUGGGCCAACGACGCCUCCCACUUCAAAAGGAAAUCCCUAUUCCUCCAUUCUGAAAAAGAAUGGUUUCAAAUCACCCACUUCGGUAGUGGAUGGUUCUUCCUCCCAACAAUUAGUCCAAGAGGAGCAGCACUCUUGA